UGACCCUGGGAACAAGGCGUUUUAUUAGUUCUGCUGGUGUCAUGUAAACAAGCCGAUUGGCACAAUCGUUUUGCAAAUGAUUUCUCUGGAGCUUUGGGGAGGGUUGGUGUUUGCAGGUUUAAAUUCGAUUUUGAAUCCCCCAGAUUUUGGUCUCAGACUUGUUGGAACCCACUGCAUCAGCAAGCCAACAAUAUUGUUUUUCUUCAACCUUUCUAUUUCAGGCAGUCUUGCUGUCUUGAUGCAAAUGCAUUUAGCAUUUCCUGGAUUCUAAUGCAAGGGAUAGGUGUCAACGAGUGAGGAGAAGCCCCAAUAACCCCCCCUGCCCCACAAACUUUUUUAGAGGCAACACCAUUGAAUCCUGACCACAAAUUGCAGGUUGCUUUGAUUCACAGCAUGACCGUUGCCACGGGUGACCCAGCUGAUGAAGCCGCAGCUCUCCCUGGUCAGCCACAGGACACGUAUGAGCCGGAACCAGACCAUGAGUGCUGCGAAAGAGUGGUCAUUAACAUCUCUGGCCUGCGCUUUGAGACACAGCUCAAAACACUAUCUCAGUUCCCAGAGACAUUGCUUGGGGACCCCAAAAAGAGAAUGCGCUACUUUGACCCUCUGAGGAAUGAGUACUUUUUUGAUAGAAACCGCCCAAGUUUUGAUGCCAUUCUCUACUACUACCAAUCAGGUGGCAGGUUGCGAAGGCCUGUCAAUGUGACAUUGGAUAUUUUUUCAGAAGAGAUACGCUUUUAUGAGCUCGGUGAGGAAGCCAUCGAGAUAUUCAGGGAGGAUGAGGGAUUUAUUAAGGAAGAGGAGAAACUUCUGCCAGAAAAUGAGUUUCAGAGGCAGGUAUGGCUGCUCUUUGAGUACCCUGAAAGUUCAGGUGCAGCCAGGAUUAUCGCCAUCAUUUCAGUCAUGGUCAUUCUCAUAUCUAUAGUCAGUUUUUGCUUGGAGACACUUCCAAUUUUUCGAAGUGAGGAAAUGGAGAAGCAGAAUGCUGACACAAGCAUUUCCAACUCAACAAUUAUCAUCACCUCCAACUACUUCACCGACCCAUUCUUCAUCCUUGAAACCCUUUGCAUCAUAUGGUUCUCCUUCGAGUUCUUGGUACGGUUUUUUGCAUGCCCCAGUAAAGCAGGCUUUUUUGUCAAUAUAAUGAACAUCAUUGACAUUGUGGCUAUAAUACCUUACUUUAUCACCUUGGGCACAGAGCUGGCAGAGAAGCCAGAGGAUGGUCAACAGGGGCAGCAAGCUAUGUCACUUGCCAUUUUGAGGGUCAUCAGAUUAGUACGGGUCUUCAGGAUCUUCAAACUUUCCCGGCACUCGAAAGGGCUCCAGAUUCUUGGCCAAACACUCAAGGCCAGUAUGAGGGAGCUUGGGCUUCUUAUCUUCUUUCUCUUCAUCGGGGUCAUUCUCUUCUCUAGUGCCGUCUACUUUGCAGAAGCAGACGAGGCAGACUCACAGUUUAUAAGCAUCCCUGAUGCCUUUUGGUGGGCAGUGGUCUCAAUGACGACAGUAGGGUAUGGUGACAUGGUUCCAACUACCAUCGGAGGCAAAAUUGUAGGAUCCCUUUGUGCUAUCGCUGGAGUGCUGACCAUUGCCUUGCCUGUGCCUGUCAUAGUCUCAAACUUCAACUACUUCUACCAUAGAGAGACAGAGGGUGAGGAGCAGGCCCAGUACCUUAAUGUGACCAGUGUCCCCAAGAUAGAUUCAUCAGAAGACCUGAAAAAGAGUCAUAGUGGGUCAACCAUUAGUAAGUCUGACUACGUGGAAAUUCAAGAGGCUGUUAACAACAGCAACGAUGACUUUCGAGAAGAGUACAUUAAGACCGGCAACUGCACCCUAACCAACACUAACUAUGUUAACAUCACCAAAAUGCUUACAGAUGUAUAA